AUGCGUGUUGCUGAACAGCAUUCUCGUUGCAUUAAUAACCGGUCACAUCCUCGUUCUUGCACUUUAGAAUGCCGGCAACGUGACAAAGACCUGGAAGAGGCUCGUUCGCGUGCUACUCAACUUGAAAAAACAAUGAGAUGGUGGUCUGAUUGUACAGCUAGUUGGCGAGAAAAGUGGGCGACUUUAAGAGAUGAAAGAAAUUAUCUACGGAAAAACUGA